AUGAUCGAAGACAAGUACAUUGGCCUUGCGCUAGCCAUGUCCUCGGCCCUUGCCAUCGUUGGUAUCGGGGAAGUUUGCAACUUUGCAGCGUACGCCUUUGCUCCAGCCAUUCUUGUGACCCCCCUCGGGGCUCUCAGUGUCCUGAUCGGUGCUGUCCUCGGCUCUUAUUUUCUCAAGGAAGAGCUGGGGAUCUUGGGCAAACUGGGUAGUGCCAUAUGUCUCAUCGGCGCUGUCGUCAUAGUCCUGCAUGCCCCGCCAGAUGAGGAGAUUCAGACUAUUGAUCAGAUCUUGGACUAUGCUAUUCAGCCAGGGUUUCUCCUGUACGCCAUUGCCGUCGUCUCCUUCGCCGUCUUCAUGAUUUACCGGAUUGCCCCUGUCCACGGAAAGAAAAAUGCCCUCAUUUAUCUUUCCAUCUGCUCAACUGUUGGCUCAAUCUCUGUCAUGUCCGUCAAGGCCUUCGGCAUAGCCCUGAAACUCUCAUUCAAUGGGAACAAUCAGUUCACCCAUCCAUCGACAUAUGUCUUCUUAAUCUUGACUGCUGUCUGCAUUCUAACGCAAAUGAAUUACUUCAACAAGGCAUUGGCAUCAUUUCCAACAAAUAUUGUCAACCCUCUGUACUAUGUGACGUUCACUACUGCCACGCUCUGCGCAUCCUUCAUCCUCUUUAGCGGAUUUAACACUACCGAUCCUGUCAACACGCUCUCCCUACUUUGCGGCUUUCUCGUCACGUUUACUGGGGUGUAUCUGCUCAAUUUGUCCCGUGGCGACCCAAAUGGUCAAAAGUUGGUCGCAGGACGAGGUGGUAUUGAUGCAACGCCAACCGACAUAGUUUCUAGCCUGCAGACUCGUCGCAGCAUGCAAUCACGGAGAAGUGUCGAUCAUGGCCGGCACAGCAUCGGCAGCUUGCACAGCGACAGAGAGGGACUGAUUAGGGCCUACGAUGAGGAAGAGGCUGCAGGUUUCGGGCUUACUGACCUUGCCGAGGAGAGCGAAGGCGACCGCCCACCGAAUGGGCGUAUCGCUGGAAAGAAGGAGCAAAGCAACGACGACAUCGAGUUGGAGACAAGGAAAGCUGGACAGAGGUAG